AUGACGCAAAUCGGAGUCUUCCCCGCAUCUGGAGCCCUUGGCACCGGCACAUACACCCAUCUUCUCUCCCAAGUCCCAAACGACAAAGUCACGCUCAUCAACCGAUACCCCGAAAAGGUUCCCAAUAAAUACGUGGAAAAUGGAACUGCCGUUCGUCAAGCUUCUUACGAGUCUAGCGCCAGAGAGCUCGAGGCUGCUUUUGCAGGGAUUAAUGUUCUCUUCUUGAUCUCGUAUCCUAGCCACGUUCACGAGUAUAGGACGAAAGUGCACACUAAGGCACUGGAUGCAGCAGUUCAAGCUGGAGUAAAGCAUAUCUUCUACUCGUCGCUUGGGUUUGCGUCGAUUGGUGAGAGUACUACGAAGGCUGAAGUCAUGGGCGCUCAUCUCGACAGUGAGGCGCAUUUGCGGAAGAUCGCGAGUGCUAAGGAGGGAUUUACGUGGACGAGCAUUCGUGAGGGUCUUUACAGCGAGUCAUUUCCUAUCUACACUUCAUUCCUCGACCUCAAAAACCCACCAUCUAAAGUUCUAAUUCCACAUGAUGGAAGUGGACCUGGUGUCAGCUGGGUCAAGAGAGAUGAACUCGGAGAAGCGACUGCAAGUCUCAUCGCUUCAUACGCAAAAUCACCGUUAUCAUUUAAAUACACCAACCAGAUCGUUACCUUAACCGGUCCUAAAUCCUGGACAUUGGCAGAGACCAUCGAAGUCCUAUCGCGCGCUGCAGGAAAAGACUUCAGAAUCCAAGAAGUCAGCGUGGACGAGUAUAUCAGCCUCCCUCAAAUCAAAGAAUAUUUUGGCACCGAGGAGAAGGCAAGGACGUGGGCUACAGCAUGGGACGCCAUCCGCGCUGGAGAAACAGCUGGAGUGACGAACACGAUGAGAGAGGUUCUGGGAAGGGAGCCAGAGGAUUUCGAAAAGACUAUUGAGGAAUUGGUCCAGACUCAGCGGUCAAGGUAG